AUGCUCAUGAUGAUUGCUUCAAGCAGCACACAUUCCGAUAACACUGCCCCGCCAUCUAUUGCACCUGAAGCAAGAGUCUCCUCAUUUAUUCUUCUCACGUUUCACGCAUCUAAGGCGCAUCAACGAUAUUCACAGCUUAUCCAUUCCAUGAAUGCUCAUCAACCGAACCCUACUCCCGCACCGGACUGGGCCUUCAAGCUUGGGAUGAUAGGUUGUGGAGCUGGGGUUUCAGAGCUUCAGAGAUUCGUCUUGCGUCUUGUAGUUCAAAUCUCUGUCGCCGGUUGA